AUCCGGUUUGUCCAGGGCGCAUCUAGAACCUGGGUUGGUGGAGGGAAUGCAGGGAGCCGGAUAGGUUGCGGUGGCUGCGGCAGCAUGGUGGGUGCGGAGAAGGAGCAGAGCUGGAUCCCCAAGAUCUUCAAGAAGAAGAAGUGCACGACUUUCAUCGUUGACCCCACAGAUGCGGGGGGGACCUUGUGCCAGUGUGGGCAACCCCGGUGUGCCCACCCAUCGGUGGCUGUGGAGGAUGCAUUCGGGGCAGCCAUGGUGACCGUAUGGGACAGUGACCUGCACACCACGGAGAAGCCCACAGAUGCCUUCGGAGACCUGGACUUCCUGGGUGCCGGGCGCAAGGCCAGCAAUUUCCUCCGGCUCUCUGACCGCACGGAUCCAGCUACAGUUUAUAAUCUGGUCACGAACAUAUGGGGCUUCCAGGCCCCGAACCUGGUGGUGUCAGUGCUGGGGGGGUCGAGGGGCCCCACCCUCCAGACUUGGCUGCAGGACCUGCUGCGACGCGGGCUGGUGCGGGCUGCCCAGAACACAGGGGCCUGGAUUGUCACCGGAGGGCUGCACAAGGGCAUUGGACGGCAUGUGGGUGUGGCUGUGCGGGACCACCAGAUGGCCAGGACUGGGGGCAACAAGGUGGUGGCCAUGGGCGUGGCCCCCUGGGGUGUGGUUCGGAAUAGACACACCCUCAUCAACCCCAAGGGCUCGUUUCCUGCGAGGUACCGGUGGCGCGGUGACCCUGAGGAUGGGGUCCAGUUCCCUCUCGACUACAACUAUUCGGCCUUCCUCCUGGUGGACGACGGCACCCACAGCCGCCUGGGCGGCGAGAACCGCUUCCGCUUGGGCUUCGAGUCCUACCUUGCCCAACAGAAGACGGGCGUGGGAGGGACUGGAAUUGACAUCCCUGUCCUCCUUCUCUUGAUUGAUGGUGAUGAAAAGAUGUUGAAGCGGAUAGAGGACGCCACCCAGGCUCAGCUCCCCUGCCUCCUGGUGGCCGGAUCUGGGGGAGCUGCAGACUGCCUGGCAGAGAUCCACACUCUGGCUCCAGGGAGUGGAGGAGGCAGGCGAUGUGACGCCCAAGAUCUGAUUAAACGUUUCUUCCCCAAAGGGGACCCUGAGAUCCUACAGGCCCAGGUGGAGAGGAUCAUGACUCGGAAGGAGCUGCUGACAGUCUAUUCAGCUGAUGAUGGCCCUGAGGAAUUUGAGACCAUCGUUUUGAAGGCCCUUGUCAAGGCCUGUGGGAGCUCUGAAGCCUCAGCUUACCUGGAUGAGUUGCGUUUGGCUGUGGCUUGGAACCGUGUGGACAUUGCCCAGAGUGAACUCUUCCGGGGGGAUAUCCGAUGGCGGUCUUUCCACCUGGAAGCCUCCCUCAUGGACGCCCUUCUGAAUGACCAGCCAGAGUUCGUGCGCUUGCUCAUCUCCCAUGGCCUUAGCCUGGGCUGCUUCCUGACCCCUACGCGCCUGGCCCAGCUCUACAACGCAGCGCCCCCCAACUCACUUAUCCGCAGCCUUUUGGACCAGGUGUCCCACGGCACAGGCAACAAAGGCCCAGUCUCUAAACCCUCUUCGGAGCCACAACCCCCUAAGGUGGGGCAGGUGCUGCGGAUGCUGCUGGGGAAGACGUGUGCGCCGACGUUCCCCGCCGGGGGCACCCACCAGGGCGAUGGCAGCAAGGAGGAUUCGUAUCUGCUCUGGGACAAGGCUACCUCAGAACUUGUGCUGGAAGCCGUCCCCGGGCAGGCACCCUGGAUUGACCUGCUCCUCUGGGCACUACUGCUCAACAGGGCUCAGAUGGCCAUGUACUUCUGGGAGAUGGGUUCCAAUUCCGUGGCCUUAGCUCUUGGGGCCUGUUUGUUGCUGCGAGUGCUGGGGCGCCUGGAGACUGAGGCUGAGGAGGCAGCACGGAGGAAGGACCUGGCAGCCAAGUUUGAGGGGCUGGCUGUUGACCUCUUUGGAGAAUGCUACCGCAGCAGCGAGGAACGGGCUGCUCACCUGCUUCUUUGGCGCUGCCCACUCUGGGGGGAUGCCACCUGCCUCCACCUUGCCAUGCAGGCUGAUGCCCGUGCCUUCUUUGCCCAAGAUGGGGUACAGUCUCUGCUGACACAGAAGUGGUGGGGGGAGAUGGACAGCACCACACCCAUCUGGGCCCUGGUUCUCACCUUCUUUUGCCCCCCACUCAUCUACACCAACCUCAUCACCUUCAGGAAGCCAGAUGAGGAGCCCACGCAGAAGAACCUGGUAGUUGACACGGACAGGGACGUCAUUGGGGAAGGGCCUGGCAAGACCACAGACCAUCCUGGGAAGAGGAUGCUCAGCGGCAGGAGCUGCUGUGGGGGGUUCCCCCAGCGCCUGCGCCGCUGGCCCCAGUUCUGGGGAGCGCCGGUGACUUCCUUCAUGGGCAACGUGGUCAGCUACCUCCUCUUCCUGUUGCUCUUCGCCCACGUGCUGCUCAUUGACUUCCAGCCCGAGACACCCAGCGCCCUGGAGCUGCUGCUCUACUUCUGGGCCUUCACCCUGCUCUGCGAGGAGUUCCGCCAGGGGCUGGGUAGCGGCUUGGGCAGCCUGGCCAUGGGGGCCCCCAGGACAGACUCCCACCAGGCCCCACUGCGCCGCCGCCUGCACCUCUACCUCUCAGACACCUGGAACCAGUGCGACCUGGUGGCCCUCACCUGCUUCCUCCUGGGCGCGGGCUGCCGGCUGACCGCAGAACUGUAUGACCUGGGCCGUACUGUCCUCUGCCUCGACUUCAUGAUCUUCACGCUGAGGCUGCUGCACAUCUUCACAGUCAACAAACAGCUGGGGCCCAAAAUCGUCAUGGUGAACAAAAUGAUGAAGGAUGUGUUCUUCUUCCUCUUCUUCCUUGGCGUGUGGCUGGUUGCCUAUGGGGUGGCCACGGAGGGGCUCCUUAGGCCCCAGGACCGUAACCUCUCGAAUAUCCUGCGCCAGGUCUUCUACCGGCCCUACCUGCAGAUCUUUGGGCAGAUCCCCCAGGAGGACAUAGACGCGGGCCUCAUGAAGCCCGACAACUGUUCAUCGGAGAAGGGCUUAUGGGCGCGCCCCUUAAGGACCCAGGCAGGCUCCUGCGUCUCGCUUUAUGCCAACUGGCUGGUGUUGGUCCUCCUCAUCAUCUUCCUGCUGGUGGCCAACAUCCUGCUGGUCAAUUUGCUCAUCGCGAUGUUCAGCUAUACCUUCGGCAAAGUACAGGGCAACAGCGACCUCUACUGGAAGGCGCAGCGCUACAGCCUCAUCCGGGAAUUUCACUCUCGGCCCGCACUGGCUCCGCCUCUCAUCGUCAUCUCGCACGUGCUCUCCCUCAUCCGUCGAUUGCGCAGGCGCCGGGCCAGCUUGCCACGUUCAGCAGUCGUCGAGCAUUUUCGGGUCCACCUCUCGAAGGAAGCGGAGCGGAGGCUGUUGACGUGGGAGUCAGUGCAAAAGGAGAAUUUCCUGCUGGAGCGAGCUCGGGACAAGCGGGAGAGCGACUCAGAAAGUCUGAAGCGCACAUCGCAGAAGGUGGACACAGCAUUGCAGCAGCUGAGACAGAUCCGCGAGUACGAGCAGCGUCUGAAAAGACUGGAACAGGAGGUCCGGUACUGUAGCCGUGUCCUGGGCUGGGUAGCUGAGGCCCUGAGUCGCUCUGCAUUACUUCCCCCAGGGGGGCCGCUGCCCCCAGCCUCACCUGGGCCUGAAGACUGAGCCCUGCUGGUGGACUUCAAAGAGUAGCUGCCAUAGGGAGUUUUGCUCCCAGAGUAAGGCCUAGCAGGUCCUUGACCCCUGCACCUGGCGACCUUGUCCUUGAGGUGAACCUCAUGCCCAUGGACUACCACCUCGGCCGCUGUCACGAUCACUGCAGGGAGUGUCAUCCAUACAAACCACAGCAGGCUUGGAUCCUCCCAGAACCAGCCCUACUCUGGAAGCAUGAGCCUCUGGAGCCCAGGCAUUGCCUCUCAAGGCUGUACCACAGCCUGCUGGGCUGGAGAAGGCUGCAGGGUCCUUGAGGUACCAGAGCCCACUCACAGCUCCCCACACUGGGGAAAUAAAGCCAUUUGAAAGGA